AACUUCCGUGAACCUUAAGCUGUUAGGAGAAAGACUUAAUAUGUAUAUCAAGUUUAGCUUAAUACUUUAUACAUAUAUUCCGAAGAACAGAAUUCUGCCACAAUUUUACAAGCUUAAUACUAAGAUCCCUAGCAAGGCCUGAUAGACAUUGUUAGCACCCACACAAAAGUUUAAAAUUUGAGCUAUUCUAUCUUUAGCAUGGGAUUGCAUAAUGCCCCUUUGUCUGCUCAUGUGUUUAUGUUUUUCGCUUUUCUUUUUAUAAAAAUACUUAUAUUUGUUAGCGCUUCUACUGGUUCUUUGAAUAUAAGCUGCUUAGAGAGUGAGAGAAAAGCGCUUGUUACGUUCAAGCAAAGUCUUGUUGAUGAAUCUGGUCUCCUAUCUUCUUGGAUCGGAGAGGAUUGUUGUGCAUGGCAUGGAGUUCAAUGCAACAGAAGAACUAGGCAUGUCUUUAAACUUGAUCUUCACAAUCCAGUUGAUUUUAAUGAUGAUGAUUGGGAAGCCUAUGAAGUUUCUAGCUUAAGAGGUAAGAUAAGUAACUCUUUACAUGUUUUAAAGAAUCUCGCGUACCUAGACUUGAGCAUGAAUGACUUUUUAGGAGCUCAGAUUCCUGAAUUCUUAGUCUCUUUUAAGAAUUUGAGAUAUCUCAACCUCUCUUAUUCUUAUUUGGGGGGUCAAAUUCCCCUUGAUCUUGGAAGAAUAUCGAGUUUGCAAUACCUUGAUCUUCACAAUAAUGACUUCAAUGGCUCAUUUCCAGUUGAAUUCGGAAAUCUAGCUCAACUUAGGCACCUUGAUCUUAGCUUUAAUAAGUUAGAAGGUUCAAUUCCAGCUCAAACAUUUUCCAAUCUGACUCAGAUGGAAACUUUAGACCUGAGUGUGAACAACUUUAGUGGUUCAAUUCCUCUCGAAAUCUUCAGUAAUCUGACUCAAAUAGUUAAGCUUCAACUCAGUAAUAAUAAAUUUACUGGGAACCUGCCAGCAACAGUUAAAGGAAUAACUUUCUUAAAGGAGCUAUAUAUUGGCAAUAAUCAGUUAAGUGGAAUCCUCCCUGUAUGGUUAGGAGAACUUUCAGAAUUACAAAGUCUGGAUUUAUCUUUUAAUUUUAUAGCGGGAACCAUAUCGCAAGAUCACAUGAGAAAUCUCACCAGAUUGAAACACUUGCAGUUGUCAUCAAAUCUUGACAUUGUAGUGAAUAUUAGUUUCUCAUGGACUCCUCCUUUUCAACUCACUUCUCUUAGUCUGUCAUCCUGCAAAGUCGGACCUCUAUUUCCCCAGUGGCUUCGAAACCAAAUAGAAAUAGAAGAUCUUCUCAUUUCCAAUGGAAGUAUCGAAGAUACUAUUCCUGACUGGUUUGAAGAAGUGUACUCGACGGUCAAGUUCUUGGAUCUGUCUCACAAUCAGAUCAAGGGCAAGUGGUUUGAGAAGACGCUGGAAUCUCGCGUAGUUAAUUUGGAUUUAUCUCAUAACCAGCUCUCAGGUAGUGUGAUGUCAAUCCCUUACGAACUGGAGCAGUUAGAUUUGUCCAACAACUUGCUUUCAGGACUGAUGGUUGCUAAUGAUAGUAAGCUUGGAAACUGGAGUUUGAUAAGUCUUAUUCUCAAAAAUAACCAAUUGAUUGGUAAAUUUCCAGACACUUUAUGUAAUAUGAAGACCAUAGAGUAUAUUUAUCUCCAGAAUAAUUUGUUUUCAAGUGGACUACCAACUUGCUUGGGAAGUUUAGAGUAUUUGCAAGUCUUAGACUUGACAAAUAACGCUUUCUCUGGGCAUAUUCCACGGUCUUUAGGAUAUCUGCCGCAUCUGCAAUCACUACACUUGCACAACAACAAGUUCCGCGGAAAACUCCCAGCAACAUUUCAGCAUUUGACAAGACUUGUUACCCUGGAUUUGGCAGAAAAUGAAAUAUCUGGUAUUCUUCCCUCGUGGAUUGGAGAAGGUCUCUCAAGUUUGAAGUUCAUGACUCUUCAGUCAAAUAAUUUUCAUGGUGAGAUUCCUCUAGAAUUGUGUUAUCUUUCUAAGCUUCAGAUGCUAAAUUUGGCUCAAAAUAAUAUAAGUGGAUCAAUUCCUUCUUGUUUUGGCAAUCUCACUGCGAUGACUGUGGAUCACAGUGGUGAACGGUUUGUUGCAUUCUAUUCAAAUGCUUCAUUUGGAUACGGAGAACGAUUAUUAGACUAUAUGAAAGGACCAGAGUUGGAGUUCUUAACAUCUUCACUCACAUUUUUGGUAUCAAUUGAUCUAUCAAACAAUAACAUUAGUGGUGAGAUUCCUAAAGAGGUGAUUAGUCUGUCUGGAUUGCUGAACUUUAAUGUUUCCGGGAAUCAUAUACGUGGAAAGAUCCCUGAUAACAUUGGAAUUCUGAGAGAACUGAUGUUUCUUGAUUUAUCCAGAAAUCAACUUUCUGGUCAUAUACCUCAAAGCUUGUCAAACUUGUCAUUUUUAACUCGUUUGAAUCUCUCAUUUAAUGAUUUUACUGGGAGAAUUCCAACAGGUAAUCAACUUCAGACUCUGGAUGAUUCAUCCAUCUAUACCGGAAACCCUCAACUAUGUGGAAUUCCAAGUUUAAACCGAUGUUCUGACAGCAAUGGAACACCUGAUCCAGGUCAAGAAAAUAAAGAAGAAGACGAUGAUAAUCAUUUGUGGUUUUAUGGCGCCUUAGGACCUGGUUUCUUUGUUGGAUUCUUGGGAUUUUGCGGUCCAUUACAUUUCAUCAAGUCAUGGAGAUAUGCUUAUUAUAGAUUUCUCAAUAAGGUUGGCAACAGACUAGCACUGGCAAUCGCAAUGAAAGCAGCUUGGUUUCGUCAGAAGUUCCACAAACUUUAAGUUCUGGAGAAAGGAAUCGAUGCUUGCUUUGGCCUCCGGGUCUUCAGGCAAUGUGGCCUAUAUCAAGACCAGAGCUUCUCCAUACUCAAGCUGAACAACAAUGCUUAGUAGAUAUAUUUCUUUUGAACCUGUUUUUUUUCUUCAGUAAAUUGGUAAUCUUGUGUUAAUCUUCUGGGAAUGAAUAAUAAUCUGUUUUAUCGAGACCAGAGGGCAUCUCCAGGCCUUAAACUGCACAAUAUAUCCCAACUUUUAACGAUAACAUUAUU